AUGAGGAUUAAAGCUUCGUUAGCCCUGGCGACGCUUUGGGGGCAGCUCAGGCUGGUGAGCUGUUUUGAUCUGAUGGGGGACAAGAGCAGCCUUCCUAGGUAUUCGGUGAACUAUGUUGAUCCAGAGACGCUCGACCAGUUGUUAUCCUCAGAAAACUCAUCUACGCUCAGAGAUAAGGUUAUGCAACUUGACGGCAACAGCAAAUUCUUUGCUCCCAGUGUAAAGAUUGAGUCCAUAGCAGAGAACAGUACCGAACUGCAAGUUCAAGCUGAUCAAGUUUUAAAGCAGAGCUACGAUAUCAUAACCGAAGAGCUGACGGACACAUGCCUAGAAUAUCCAACAGAUUUUUGGAUCUAUAGGUUCUGCUUUGGCAAGAAUAUCACACAGUUCAACUAUGUGGAUGGUAAGGUCAGCCUGCACUAUGUCUUAGCCAAACUUCGUCUGGCAGAUCAAGAUGACGUUCAACUCCUCCAUAAACUGGGGCGCUAUUAUGUGAGUGAGAGCGGAGGUGAUGGUGAUUACUGUGCAACAACCAAUGAUGCGCGUAGAGUUGAAGUUCGAUACUUGUGCCAACCCGGCAUUGAUCACAUCGCGAUAAUACGUGUACGAGAAACAACAUUUUGCCACUAUGAAAUCGAAAUCGCGGCUCCACAGCUUUGCCAAUAUGAGCUUCUUUCCGUAGGAGAAAGAAAGGUAACCGCGCACCCAAUUUUUUUCACCACUAAUCCUGAUGCGGAUUCGAUUCGAUCUCUAUUAGAGUAUAGUCCAACUUUUCUUGGGAGUGGUUUCUACUUUCUGCAGGAGAGGUCUAAUCCAAAAUUUACCGGAAUGAGAAAUAACGCCGCCUCAAAGCUCCUGUAUAUUGAGGAAUUGAAGCUAAGCGGUGAGGAUGCUGAACUUGACCCAUCAGAGAAACUCUUCUUUGACAGAGCUGCCAACGCUUUUCAAGAGAUCAUACUGAAAAACCUUUUUCCGAAGUCGCAAAAUCUUCCACUGACCAUAGAGGAUGCAUUUGUUUGGUUUGUUGAGGUUGUUGAUAAGAGGGGUGAUCACCUUUGCAUACUCAGGGUUGGGGUGGAGUCAGGAAUCGCGAGUAUUUCUUUUGAUCAGAGUGGAGAAAGCGGGCUCAAUUUCCGCGGCAACGCUUUCCAGCCGGUCCAGCGUGCUUCAUCGUUCGCGACUGGAGUUGAAGCUAGCGAAAUCACUUUGGGCUUCAAAGAAGAUCACACUGCUUUAUCCGUGCAAGCUGAAGGCGUUGAACCCCAGAGACAUGAUAAUUUCGCAGCCAGAUUAGUAUCGAAACUUAACGAAAUUGAUGAAAAUACUCAAGGUGAAGGCUGGAGUAUAAUAACAAUGCAAACCAUGGAGCCUUUAGAAGAUGCUAGUCUUACGCCUGGAGCGCUGACAGCGUUAGAACCCGGGCCUGAACAAGAUACAGUCAACGUCGCUGGGGGCACUGAAAAGCCUGAGGACAUAACAAAAACAGCUCCAGUUGAGAAGCAAGGUCCCGAGCAGGGUUUUGAAACCCCAAAGGAAGCAUUUGUUGAACAUGAUGAACUAUGA